UAGGGGCACUUAAGUAAUUUCACUCCCAACAUUUCUCCAUUUUUUCACUAAAACCUCUGAAAAACCCUCUGCUGCUACUUUCAUGUUCAUGUGAUUUGCAAAUGUCUCUCUUUCAUCUCCUUAAACCAAAAUCGAGCCUUCAAAUUUCCAGAUUAGGGUUUUCAAUUGCAAGAACGAGAUGUUGCUUUGCGCUGCCAAAUGUAGACAACGACAACCCACCGCAGUUGGAUACAGAAUCUAUUGAGCAGGAGACGAGUAUCGUGGCAGCGGAACCAUUUGCACAAGAGCAUUCCGAGAAGAAACAAGAUCUCGUCUCCAAGUCAGCAUUUAUUAGGAACGAAUUGGCAGCAAAUGGCGGCUCAAAUAAGCCCAAGACAUUAACAGAUUUAUUCAGAAAUGUUCCAACCGGAACCAUGACCGAGAAUAAGGAACCAAAACCCGAGGAAACAAUCUCUGACAUUGUCUUGAGUUAUGCAAAAUACAUGGAUACACAGUCCGGAUAUUCGUCUCUAUCAGACGGUCCGUUGGAGAGUGAACCAGAUUCACAAGAUGGUGAUUCAAAGGAGUUUCCUCAUAAUAAACGCAAAAACAAUCUUCAAGAAUGUGAAAAUGUAAGGUACGAAGGGGGUGAAAGUUCGACUCCAUCCAAUAGCAUUCAAAAGGUAUUUGAUUUAAAAGAUUGUCCUACGAAAUCAGCUAAUGGCCAAUCAACAGGGGAGGUUGAAUAUAAUAAGCCGAGGAGUUUCGCCUUUACACAUCAACCUAUGACCCAGAAUUCAAACGAACAACCUAGUACAGAGGAUGCUGAUAAACGUUCUGUCAUAUCCGGUUUGAUCGACUUUAUGCGGCUGGCUGAGGAUCCGGAACCUUCUAGUUCAAGUAGCAAAGUGAGUGUGGUGGUUAAAGAGAACUCAUCGGAAGCUAAUUUGCAAAGACCUGGCCCCACAAAGAAGACACAUUUUGAUGGACAAAAAUCAAAGGAAAAUAAAGUAUUAAUAAGAUUCCUGCGCAGUAACGCUACUGAUGCUCACAUAUUUCAAUGUUUUGAGAGUUGUGGGGAAAUAUCGAAGGUUGAAAUUCCUUACGCCGAAGCCUCUCUGUUCAAAUCUGGCUACAUUUAUUUUAAGACGAGAGAAGGGUUCAACAAAGCACUAAAAAAAACUAGUUUGCUAGUUGCUGGUGGGAUUGUGACUGUAGAAUCAGCUUCUUCGACGAGAAAAAGAAACGUAAAAACUCCUAUUCCUAGCUUGAUUGGUGACCAUAAUACCCCAGCUGCAUUAGUAAAGAAUCCCACUCGAACAAUAAAGAUUGAAUCUUUAAGCCGUGAGAUAAGUUCAAAUCAUAUUGAAGAAGCUCUGUCAUUCUGUGAGACCAAUAUAUCCGGUUAUUUUUUGGGAUCCUCAGAUUCUGUUGCUUAUGUUGAGUUUGAGUCGGAAAUUGGGAAAGAAAGGGCUCUGGCAAAACAAUGGAUAAAUGUUUUGGGUAGGCGUUUGGUAAUGCUGAGAGUCGAUUCACCAAGAACUACAGUGGUGAGGAUUAUAGGGAGGAAUCAAUCUAAGAUGAAGAAUAUUCUGGCGGAAUGUAGAUUGCUCGGAAAAGUUGGAGCUUCCUUCUCGAGAACACCCGGUGUGCUAGAUGUGCACUUUGAACUUGAUGAGUGGCCAAACAUGUUAAAGAUCAUAAACAGAUUGAACGGAAUGGAAAUAGACGGUGCACGAGUUCAAGCUGAGUCAGCACCGGUGUUUCCACCGGAUGUACUGUUAGCUUUAUGGCAAGAGCCAAACGAGAGGAAGCAUUUGAAGACUACAAUGCAGGUUUUGUUGCAUAAACUUGCUGGAAGAUCAUUAGACACGUGUCGAUUAGCUGUUUUGGAAAAUGUUUUUAUGGAUGCCAUUUGAUCGACACGUUGAGGAAGAUUAUUGGAGAGGACAAAAUGGCUCACGGCGAAUCGACUUCACCAUACGCUGAGGGAUCGGACUACAUGAAAAUAUUAAUUAUUAUAACCUUUAAAGUAUUUAAAAUAAAAGAGAAAAUAAAUAUUUAUUAAACAAGAUGUAGCAUAUAUUAAUUAACCCUGCAAAAAAACAGUACCCAAAUAUGGUGUAGAAGAAAGACAAGUUCCAUAAAAACUCGUAUGUUCCAAAAUUGUAUACUUCCGUACAAUCGAUGUACAUAUAAAUAUAACAAAAAUCAAAA